AUGGAGUCGACAACUAGAAGAAGCAACAAGAGAGAACACCAGUGUAAACUGAGCAAGUUAGAUCAAGGAGGCGGGGACAGUAGACAGGAAUAUGUGUUACAUGAUGGGAAUACUUCUAAAGAAAUUUCUGGAAAACCGAGGGCCAAUUUACUAAACACUGAGCAGGAGGUUAUCUGUGAUGUUUGCCAGGAACAAAUAAUGAGGUCAAAUUGUUUGAGAUCUAACUGGGGACAGAGUUACUGUCAGAAGCAUGCAUUUGAUGGAACACCCACCUGCAGUGCCUGUUCCAGAUUCAAGAUAAGAAAUGUAGAGUUUUUCAGUCUCAACGACGGCCGAAUGCUCUGCCCGGACUGUCAUUCUACAGCAGUUAUAGAUCCUGAGAGCUUCAAGUCCAUAGUUUCUGAAGUGCACAAUUUCUACGCAGCACUAAAUAUGCAUAUCAGAAAGGACAUUCCCGUGAACUUAGUUGAUCUGUUUGAGAUGAACAUACUAGCCCCUCACCAGACUGGUAUGCCUAUGGGGUUGACCACUUAUAAGAUAGACGCUAUCCCUUUUGUGAAUUGGUCAUUGCAACAAGGAAUGAACAUUGAGGUUCGCCAUCAUUGCACAGUGACUGGCAUGACGGUUCUGUAUGGACUUCCCAGGUUACUUACCGGAAGAAUAUUAGCUCACGAAUUUAUGCAUACUUGGAUGCGGCUCCAAGGUUAUAAUAAUGCAAUAGGGACCUGGGUUGAGGAAGGCAUGUGUGAGGUAAUGGCUUAUGUAUGGUUAGACUGGUAUGCCUUGUUUGGUAAAGAGAUGUAUGGUGAAGAUGAAAAGGCUUCUUUUCUGAGGAAUUUGAAAGAGCAUGAAAUGAAAAGAAUGGAAAGAAACCCUUGCAGGAUUUAUGGGGAUGGCUUUAGAGAAGCUAAAUCGGCUGUUAAGAUAUACGGCUUUGAACAUACCAUGAAGUGCAUUGCUUAUACAGGCAACUUCCCGUGUUGA